AUGGGGCAGUACCUACCAAUAGCAAGUCCUGCCUUUGGGAGGGCCAUACGGACCGUCUCCUUCUCCCUUAGCCCAGCCUUCACCGUAUUCCUUGCACACCAUGGCGAGAGCUCCAUCGUCUCCAGGUUCGCCCUGAGCUAUCCCGCUGUCGUGCUCGUCGGCCAUCAACUGGAGCAGGUCAACAAACUCCAGCGCGAGCUCGCUUCCUGCAAAUCCGAUGCAGAGAAGGCCAUGGUAUGCCGCCAAACACGAGACAGCCUUCUGGGCGACCACGAGAAUUUGGAGAUCUUGUCCGCGAUCUGCCGAGAUGUCAUGGAAGCUUCUGAGCAAAAUUGCACUUCUGGCGAGCUUGAUGGAUCGUGGCGACAAUUCACGCAGCUAGCCGCGAAGGGAGCGAAGCUACGGGCGGCCCGUGUCAAGGCUCUCCAAACGGUGGCUGAUCAUUGGGGUGCCCAGGUCGCACGCCACUAUGGCUGGGGGACCAUAUCGCACACCUACUGCCAACAGCUACACGCUGCAGCGAGGGAGAUAGACUGGCCAACGUUCGUGAGGAGGUUGAACCAAGUUCUGUUGGAUCGACAUUGGGCCAAAUCUCUCAAUGUGCAUCCCAUCCCAGCUUCCAUGAACCCGAUCACGCAGCCCGACAUUGAGAAAGCGAGAAGGCAGGACCAACGCGGCAAAAUCCAGCGCGCCAAAGCCAAGGGUCUGGCCACCGAGAAAGACCGGGAAGCCGCUUAUAAGGCAGCCAAGCAUGAGUCUGAAUAUUUUUACCGUGCCGCCAAUAGGUUGCCUGCCAGUCUUGGGUUGGACCGUUUCGGCGUUGUGGUGAGGGAGGAAUUUGACGAUCAGCCAACAAGUCUCGAGACCGACGGCCAAGAUGGCAAUCGAGCAAACCCCGCACCAUCAGCAGCGAGCAGCAUCGCCCCCGAUCGUCCACCGCCCAUCGGCUACAGUGGACUCUUGCAGACCGAAGCGGCUUGCCCGUUGCCAGCCCCAUUGCCUGCCGACAUCAGGGCUGCUGGUGGAAAUUCUUGCCCGUUCCCGCCAUCGCCGCCGUCGUCACCUGACGCUGGGACGACUCCAACUUUGUCGUCGACUGCAGAGUCUGAACAAGCCCUACCCUCGAGCGGUUCCCACGGCAAAAGAACAGCUCCGACACCCUCGGAUCGAGCGACCAAGAGGCAGAGGACUCGUCUCCCCACCGUUAGUGCUGCCGCUGAUGCCGGGAAAAUUUACGACUUAUUGGCCGAGCUCCAGGCCCAGGGCUCGCCUCUGGCCAACCAACCGCAGUUUUCGCAAUCGUUAGAGUGGGCCAGAGAAGAGUCCAAGAAGGGUGAGAGAUCCUACCGAGAUACCAGCACGGCCGCCUCUCAUCUUUCCCAUUCUGCCGCAAGCCCUUCAGACGCCGCUACCGUCACCCACCGCCCGGCGCCGUCUUUCCUUGACCGAGUCCUUUGCCCACUCCUGCCAAACACCCGCUACUCAUUCAUCACAACAUGCUGCAUGUGA